ACGGAGUCCCUGUCACUCCUUGCUCUCGACCACUUCCUUGACCAAAGAUGAAGAUGGAUCGUUCAUGCAAUGCCCAACGCUUCUUCUUGAGAGCCCUUGUCUUCUUUCUAUCCCUGCGUGCCCAUCAAGCUCUCUCCUCGAAGAGAGUGCGGGCCUUGAACAACACGGUCUCGGCCAUGUUCGUCUUCGGGGACUCGACGGUCGACCCCGGGAACAAUAAUUACGUGAGGACGGUGUUCAAGAGUGAUUUCCCGCCAUACGGCAGGGAUUUCCCCAACGGGGUGCCGACUGGAAGGUUCACAAACGGCCGGCUCGCUACCGAUUACAUUGCAUCGUAUAUCGGGAUUAAAGACUACCUGCCACCGUAUUUGGAACCAAGUCUUAGCUUUGAGGAUUUGAAGACUGGUGUGAGCUUUGCUUCUGCUGGUUCUGGAUACGACCCUUUAACAGCAAAGCUUAGCAACGUGGUGUCAUUGCCAAAUCAACUGGAGUAUUUCAAAGAGUACAAGAAGCGGCUCACGUCGACUAUGGGGGAGCAAAGCACGACGCACCACAUCAACAAGGCCGUCUUCCUCGUGAGCGCCGGCACCAACGAUUUCGUCGUCAAUUACUUCACCGUCCCCAUCCGGCGGCAGAGCUUCACCGUCGCCACCUACCAGCAAUUCUUGUUGCAAAACGUGAAAGACCUCAUUAAGGGUUUGUGUGAGGAAGGAGCAAGAAGGAUAGCCGUGGUGGGUCUGCCUCCGAUAGGCUGCUUGCCCAUCAUGAUCACACUCAACUCGAAGAACGCCGUCCUGCAGAGAGGUUGCAUGGACCAGUACUCAUCGGUGGCAAGAGACUACAACGCGCUCCUCCGGACGGAAUUGGCUUCCAUGCAAAGCAGCUUGGCAACUCAAGGCUCCAGAUUCUAUUACGCAGACAUAUACCAACCCUUGAGCGACAUGAUCCAGAGGUCCCCGAGCUAUGGAUUCGAUCAAGCUCUAAGCGGCUGCUGUGGGACUGGGCUGCUGGAAGCAGCGUUCAUGUGCAACCCCAAGUCGUUCGUGUGCCCAGAUGCAUCCAGAUACGUGUUCUGGGAUUCCAUACACCCCACGGAGAAGACUUAUCACCUGCUCUUUCAGUCGCUUCGCCCCGUCGUUGAUGCUGUCAUUCAAGACUAGCACACUUUGAUUCGAGUUUCGUAAUGUUAUAUAGCCUGUGAUAGUUCGAAAGCGUCUUUUAUGCUUCUAGUUUUAAGCGUGCCUGAAAAACAUAAUUUCACAGAAAUGCUAGACUUAGAUUUCAUUGAACUUACCAAUUUUUUCAAGUGAAUGUGAUUUCUAGAUCUUGGGCUUUUCUUG